ACUUCCACUUCACCUCAGUCGACGAUGCAAAAGAAUUUAUUGAUGGGUAUUUGUCACGUCUUGGUGGAAGUGAGUUUUUUCUCUUGUGAAAUAAUUCGCCACUGAAAAAGAGGAAAUCAUGGCUGUAAAUGUAUAUUCGACAAAUGUAACAACAGAGAAUCUUUCUCGCCAUGACAUGCUCUCCUGGGUCAACGAUUGUCUCAAUGCUCAUUUUACGAAGAUCGAGGAACUCUGUACAGGAGCUGCCUAUUGCCAAUACAUGGAUAUGCUCUUUCCUGGCUCAGUACCCAUGAAGAGGGUUAAAUUUCGUACAAAUCUCGAACAUGAAUACAUCCAGAACUUUAAAAUUCUCCAGGCAGCCUUCAAGAAGAUGAGUGUGGAUAAGAUAAUCCCCAUUGAUAGAUUAGUAAAGGGUCGUUUCCAAGAUAAUUUUGAAUUUUUGCAAUGGUUCAAGAAAUUUUUCGAUGCAAAUUAUGAUGGAAAAGAUUACAAUGCACUACUGGCGCGUGAAAAUUUGCCGAUGGGAAUGGGAUCGGCGGCCUCGUCGAAAAGCGCCUUGGCCGGUCCGAAGAGAACCAUUCCCGCAGCGGCACCCCCAGCUCGCGUUCCGGCCAAACCCAUUUCCAAAGCGCCAACGAGACCAGCCGCUGUACCCGGACACCGUGUUUCGAAUCAAACACCUCCAAAGAAACAAGACUCCAUCGGGAACCAUCAAUCUGGGCCGGUGACAAAUCAGCAAAUUGAAGAGCUCUCCAAUCAAGUAAUGGAUAUGAGAAUCAAUUUGGAGGGUUUGGAGAAGGAGAGAGAUUUUUAUUUUGCUAAAUUACGAGAUAUUGAGAUUCUAUGUCAAGAUGCCGACGAAGCGGAACCACAACCAAUAGUACAAAAAAUUCUGGAUAUUCUCUAUGCGACCGAGGAUGGUUUUGCUCCUCCGGAUGAAUUGACACCCCCGGAUCAGGAGGAAUACUAAAAGAGAGAAGAAGAAAAGAAAAUGAUUUACAAUAGAGAGGGUAUCAUGGUUAUGUGGAGCAUCAUUUUUGGGAGGAAAGCAAUUUGCUGUGGAUUGAUUAAUUUUGUAUGAAGAAAAGAAAAAUUCUGUAGGCCAUUAUUUAAUGUCUAGUAAUUAUUCUUACAAUUUUUCAUCAUGUUUUUUUUUCUUUGUGUACGGAAUAAGCUCUUGAAGACAUCUUUGAAGUAUUUUUGUCAAAUAUUUUUCACAAUUAAUUCAUUUUGAGAAAGAAAGAAAACAACUGAAAAUGUAUAUGAGACUUUUUGGUAAACAUUAUAUUCCAUUUAUGAUUUUUUUUUAAAUUAUCCUCUAGUAGGUUUUUUUUGUGCUAAUGGGAUUGUUAAUUUCUCUCUAUGAGAUAAUAUUUUUUUUUGUAGAAUGUAACGAGAAAAAAAAUCACUCAAUGUCCAGUUCCUUACCAUGAUGAAUUAGAGAAAAGAAGAAAGAAAAAAUUAUCAAUUUUCUGACUUAAUCAUUUUAAUCAAAGAAGAGCAUUAAAAAUAUCAUUUUAUGGCACAUUUUAGACGGAGAUGCACAGAAGAUUAUGCAAAAAGAGAGGAGAAGAAAAGCAAUUUGUGUGUCUCAAAGUUUCAAAAUAUGAGCGAUAUUGUGAAGAUUAAUAUUGUCGACAAUUUGAUCUAAGUUUUAUUUUGGAGUUUUGAACAAUUUCUUAGUUGUUUUAGUGAAGAAAAUUAAGUAAAAUAGAUUUUAGAUAAAGUUUUAGAGCUCAAAUGAAUGUGAAGAAAAAUCAUCAGCUAAUUUUCUCGGUAGAUUCCCUUUUCAAACACUUCAUACAAAAGUUUUUUUUUUAGAUCAAUGCCUUACGUACUUUUUUCAAAACUUAUAUAGCUGUUUGCUUUCUUUGCCUUUAGUCUUCAUUGAUUUACAUUUAAUUUUACGUUCAAAAUGAGACAUUUAAAAAGAAAUGGAGAGAAAUAUUUUGAGUUUAAAAAAAAAUGAUGAAAACUCCGCAUCGUGAUCUCGAGGAAAACUAAUAUAAAGAAAAAUUAUAAUCUAGAAAAAAAAGCCAAUAAAAAACAAAAGGAGGAUAUUCAAGCAUAUAUUGGAGCUGCCCUGGUUUGAGGAAAGAAUUUUGACUCACAUGAUCUUUUAUAGAAUUAAAACUGAAUAAGAAAUCGUCAUGCAAAAAUAUGCGUCAAUAUUGCCCACUUUGUCUCUUUAACCCUUUAAGGUUUUUUGGGUCAUACGCUUACCCAAACGUGAAACAUUUAAUUUUUUUCAAUUAUUUAUGAAUGUAAUUGUUUUUCCAUCUUACAAAUGCAUCAAAUUCACGCAUAAGGGGUCAAAGAAGACGUUCUGAGUGAGAAAAGUCCUCUAAAAAAAAUUCAUAGAAUAAAAAUCGCGAUAAAAGAGCGCAUGUUUCAAUGUUUUUAUGUUUCACGUUGGACGUUAAAGGGUUAAAUGUUUUGAAACAUUCGUUGCAAUGUUUCUUUGACUAAUUUAUCGCUGUGAAACAUUAACGCGAGUGUUUUGAAACAUUUAAAAAUACAUGGGUAAUCUUUGCUGGAUUUUGGAAAAUAAGGAAUAGUCAGGUAAUUUUGAAAUUUCGACGUAUUUCAAGAACGAUUUUGUAGCCAAUUUUUUAACAAAAAUUAAAUUUUGGUGCAUUCCUGUUCAAUGUUGAUGAGAAUUUAACCUUUUCCUCUCCACGAAAAAUAUUGAAACAUAAGCUCUUUUAGCACAAUAUUUAUUCUUUGGAUACUCAAAGAGAACAUUUCUCAGUUAGAACGUUUUCUUUUGCUUCUUUUGUGAGAAUUUAAUGCAUUUCUAAGUUGGAAAAAUAAUUAAAUUCAUUCGAAUUGGAGAAAGUAAAAUGUUUUACGUUUGGGAAUAAACUGUCCUCUUGAAAAUUAUUUUAAAUUCUCACAUUUUGGUUAUUUUGAUUCUUUAGAGUUUCUUGGCGAUUUCUUAUUAUUUUUAUUGAUUCUCUAAAAGAUAAUGCAGGUGAAAAUUGUUCCUCAAACUAAGACAAUUCUAUAAUAUGCCUGAAUAGCAUUCUUUUGCAAGCCACUAGACCUAAAACGGAAAUAUGUUUAUUUGGUUUUUCAUUAGAAAAUCAUUUUUCAAUUUAAACUUUAACUUUAUUCUAUGAAGACUUUUAAUCACCUACUUAUGUUAAAAAUCAAGUGAAUUAGUUUGAGUUCAGAAAGGGCAUAGAUAGGCCUAAAGAUAUAAAUAUAACAACACGUUAUUAGUUAAAUAAUUUAACAAAUUGAUUUUCUUUCAAAAUAAUUAAUGAAUUAUUGAUGAAUUUAAUACAAAAAAUAAAACUAAAAUAUUAAAUAAAAUGCCUUUUUUGAACUUUACUAUUCAUUUUAUUAAUAUCUGUUUUUUUCUGCAUGAAAAAUGGCCUAAUUUAGUUUAUCAAUAUAAUACAUUAAUUAAUCUUAAGUUUAUGCUGAAAUUUAUGUAUUUUUUUUCUUCAUUUAUGUAAUAUUUCCAUUUCCCUGUGUGGAUGUUUUCAUCAACAAGUCAGAAUUCAUAGAAAUUAUUCAAAAGAAUACUCAAUUUUGGAAAAUAUUAAUGCAUGACAUUUUUUUCUUAAAUUAAUAAAAAAAAUUAAAUAUUUUUGAUCUUUGAGUGAUAUAAAAAUAUAAAACUCCUGUAAAUUGCUCCGCAGGACACACCUCACCUAGACCCCCCAGUGAGUUGCAUGAUAUAGCGCGUGGCAUGUUAAAAGAAAUUUAUCUACAAUUAUAAAUUACAUUUUUGUCGACAAGUAAUGCGUCAACAAUCGCUCAAGUGUGCUUUUAUAUAAAAGUAAAAGAAAAAAAAGUCUUUAAUGAGGAAAAAACUCAUUUUUAUUUUAAAAUAAUGUAUCGAAAACUUAUGAAUUUAGCCAUGCAUCAUAGUUUUGCACUCUACUUCCCCUUGCAUCAAAAUGAUUUAUACAUAAAUAAUAUUUUUUAGGUAUUUUCUCUUUUAAUUAUUACAUAAAAUAUCUCUUUUUAUAUUCAGCAAUUUGCAAUAUAUUGAGCGAGUCGAGAGUCUUCACACAUUCUUCCGGGCAUAAAUGCAUUUUUUCUGUAUUCUCAAUUUUUUUUGUAUUUUAAUUUAUUAACUCACAAAUGUGGAGACUGGUGAAGACAUAAAAUCGGUGAAUGGUUUUAAAAUUAAUAAAAAAAAAAUGCAGAAUUAACAAAAUUAAAGAAAAUUAUAUGGAGGAAAAGUUCUGAAGAUGAGAUGAGAAAAAAAGGAUAUCUUGCUAAUUUUUUAAUGCUACUGUAUUGCAAUUGUAUAAAAAAAAUAUUACAGUUUAUUAAAUUAUUAUGUAAUACAGCGA